AGACUGUGCUUCUCUCUGACGGAGCUUUUAUUAUGAAAGGAGCCUAUCGGAAAGGGCAGCGUUGUUGAAGUCCGGGAGCAGGGUUUUAUCUUGACGGUGAUGCACAGUUCGUGAAGCUUCAAGAAAACCCAAAUCAUUAAUCUAAGAGCUGCAGCAGGUGACAGAACGUUUGCCCUGGUCUCAGAGGACUGGCAGACCAUGGCUCCCUGUAACCAGCUGUCCCUGCUUGUCUUUUUGAUCCUCCUGUGCCCGGUCUCCUCUGAGACCAUCAACCCAACUGUACAGGACCUGAUCAGCAGGAACUCGGAUUUCGCUGCCAGGCUGUAUCGUGCUGUUGCCAGCCAGACUGAUGGAAAUGUCUUCCUGUCCCCCUUUACCGUGUGCACGGGGCUCAUGGCCCUGCUUAGUGCAACCAAUGGGCAGACUCGGGACCAACUGCAGCAAGGACUCACCCUGACUGGGCUGGACCCCCAGAAUAUCCCAGAUCUGUUCCGGACUCUGAAAACUGUGGUCUUGCGCGGGGAGUCAUCCACAAACCUACAUCAGAGUGUAAUGGUGCUCCCCUCCAGAAGCUUUGAAGUAUCAUCAUCCUACAGUGACCUGGUCCAGACAAAGUUUGGAGGCAACAUCCAUAGUCUGACCUACACAGACUCCCAGGAUGCCAUUGACACCAUCAACCGUUUGGUCCAGGAGCAGACCAAAGACCAAGUCCAGGAAUUGGUGAACAACUUGGACCCUCAGACCCAGCUGCUGCUCGUCACUGCUGCCUCAUAUCAGACUCAGUUCAGCCCAUCUUUCAACUCUUCGCUGUCUCAGGACGACCGUUUCUAUGUGGACCGGUAUCACGUGGUCAUGGUUCCUAUGAUGUUCAGGGCUGGUAAAUACUUCCUGGCAUAUGACCGCUCCCUGAAGGUCGGUGUGUUGAAGCUGACGAUGGCAGAUGGGAUGGCCAUGUUGGUGGUUCUGCCUGACGAAGGUGUGGAUAUCACUGCAGUGGAGGAUGAAGUCACGUCAGAGACGAUCCGGGCUUGGAUCAUACAGCUCAAAAAGACGAAAUUAGAGGUGCAGCUGCCCCGCUUCCUGUUGGAGUGUCAGUACUCCCUAAAGAACCUCCUGCAGAUGCUCGGAGUCACUCAUGUGUUUCAGGACAAUGCUGACAUCACUGACAUGGGCGGAGCCAACAAGCCUACUCUGACUCAGGUUUUUCAUAAAUCCAUUGUAUCUGUCAACGAGCGUGGUGAUGACAUCAUCACGGGGGCCACACCCACGUUUUCUGCUCUUCCCCCUCGACUGAUCAUCAAUAGGCCUUUCAUCUUCGUCAUUUACCAGCAGACCAGUGGCAGCCUGUUGUUCCUGGGCCGCGUCGUGGACCCCACGAAGAAGUAAAACAACCUGAGGUUUACCUGAGAGCGAUAAGUCACAUCCUGUACACCGUCCUCCAGCACAGUGUUGCUUAAAUCCUAUCAACAUAUUAUCCUAAUAUUCAUGCAGUAAAAUACUUUUCUGCUGUAGUUUGUCUGUUGGAACUUGAUCUAUUGUGAUUCAGCCAUGAGUCCAUUAUAGGUCCUUUUGGAUCUGUGACACAUCAGUGAUCAGAUUCUGGCCCAGAUGUAUUAAUACUACAGCGGCCACGCUGUGUGUGUGUGUGUGUGUGUGUGUGUGUGUGUGUGUGUGUGUGUGUGUGUGUGUGUGUGUGUGUGUGUGUGAGAGAGAGAGAAAGAGCUCUGUGUCAUCUAUGAAUUUACAUUAGUUGUAAUUAUUUGCUGUUGCUUUCUAACGCAGAUGAUACUUAUAUUAUGUGAAUAAGUAUGGCUGUUGCUGCUGCACAGUUGCAUGUGAUGUUCUGGAUGUGAAGGGGGUCAUUUCUCCCAUUCUUAACUCUCACGUUCUUUUGACUGUUUGCAGUUUCUGUUCAUUUUAAAGUCUUUACAGAUGUGUCUGCUGCGUUUGGAACAGAGUCAACAGACUUUAUCAGCUGCCACUAAGAAAAGGAAAACCUGUCCUGCUUAGUUCUGGGCUAGGGUCUGUUGUAGAUAGGAAGAACUACAGAAUCACUGUGGUUGUUCACACAUGUAUCAGUCUUUGAUUUAUAUACUGCUUAAAUAUUUUAACCUGUUCUUCAUCAGUGAACUAUGAACUACACAUGUUCAAAUUUAUUAAAACUGAACACGAGCUGGGUUACAUCACUUUGGAAAUGUAUAAGCAAGUGAUUUGGAUGAGGAGACAUGUUAACAAGUUAAGUCAGAUGAUUCUAGCAACCUGUCUGGAAAACUGUGUACAUGUAUCUCUCCUAAUAGUGAUAGGUUUGUGUUAUUAUUAAGAACUGAACGAAGCCACUCACUAAAGUAUAAGUACUACAGUCACUCUGUUACAUUAACGUUGCUCGUAUGUAUGUGCUAUUUAAUUCUUGUUGUACCUGUAGCUCUGUGGGUUUAUAGUAACUGGUUCCUUCAGUCUCUGAGAACAGUUCCAAUUGUUGUGCAAUUUUAAAAAUUCAGACAAAGAAGCAAAAUAAUUAGUUUAUAGUAUGAGCUCACUCUGCAUCCACAAAGCCUCACCCGGGUUCUUGGCACAGUGGUGAAAAGCAGUUUGGCCAUGACAUUGUGAACACGCCUUUGGAUUGUCUUUUGGUAUACUACGCAUGUUAGCAUGGCUUCAAUACCACAGUGUAAGUUUAACUGUAGCUUAAAUUCCUGUGUAACACUCUAAACAUUAAAAAUUAUAAAAUGGU